CUCCACAUCUCCAGCGAUGGCAUCGUUGACCUCCUGGCCUUUCCCCUAAGCGCCCGCCCCCCAUUACUCAGCACACAAAUCAAUUGGCAUCUGCAUCGGCCUGGUUCACCGCCGCCGGCAAGAGCACAAAGCUUCACGGCUACAUCUCGCAGAUGGCCAUGGAAAUUUGGAACAUUAACUUGUACUAUGAAGAUGAGAAUAAAAAUCAUAAAGUUCUUGAAGCAUCAAUGGACAGGACCAAUAUCUCCUUUUAUGACUUGGUCAACUUGAUUGAAGGUGUUGGCUUCUCGGGGAUUGAUUACCUCUACUACAGGAAGAAAUACCCUCGCGGCAAGGGCCAUCUAGUACACAUCGAUAACGACACUCAUGUGAGGAAAAUGAUAACUGAGCACAAUAAGGAGAAGAGGGUACAGCUGUACGUGUAUAAGGAGAGGGCCAACAUUGAUGUUGCUCCAUCAGAACCUCAGGGUGAGGAUGAUGGACCCAUUACAAGCUUUGAGGAGGAGGAUGCCUUCCCUGAAGGAGCAACACAAACUAGGACAAGCAAGUCACAAACAAUGGUGCGUAAAUCAAAAAGAUUGAAUGUGGUUCAGAGCCGUGCUCAGUACGCCAAUGGAGACUUCGCCAAUAGUGAGCAAUCUCGGUCAUCACGUGAGUUGCUUGAGAUACAUGAAUUGGAAGAUAACGAGGAUCAUCUUACUGAGCGAGAUGACAACCUCGAUAAUAGGACUGGUGAUGGUAAAGCUGUUGACAAACGUGGAGCACAUUCCCUGCCAGCUGUUUGGAACAUGCCAGAUGGAGCACGCAUAGUUGUAAAAUGUAAUAAUCUUGGCCAGCCUAUUGGGGACGAAGGUGGAGUCCUAGGGAAGUUUCUUGGCACAAUAGCUAGACUUGGGGGCUAUUGCCCACUUGACAAAAAGGAUUGGCGUAAUGUCAAGAAGGAUGGUGGGGCUGACACAAUACUUCAGUGUGUACAGACAAAGUUCUUGUAUCCUGCAAAAUGGGAUAAGUGGGUAUUAAAAACAAUCGGAAGAGAUUGGAGAAAAUUCAAGGCUGGUCUUAAGAAAGAAUUCUUUAAUGCAAAGAAAAAAAGAAAAGCUCUGUAUAAGCUUUGUCCAGAAUAUGUGGACAGCGACCAAUGGCGUGAUCUUGUCAACUAUUGGAAAUCCAAAGAAGGAAGGGCAGUUAGUGAGAAGAACAAAAUUAGCCGAGCAUCCGUGAAGACAUCUCAUACAGCUGGUACAAAGAGUUAUGCUCGUUGGGCUGAGGACCUUCGACAAGAAGAUCCUGAAAAGAAACAACCACAUAGAGCGAAGGUUUAUUUAGCGACUCAUAGAAAAAAAGAUGAAGAAAGAAAUAAACAUGUGGCUGACUUGGAAAAGCUAAUACAUAACGAACCAGAGCUAGCACAGAGUGACCAUGGAAAAGUUGCAUGGAAAGGUGAUGCCUUACAUACAAUUUUGGGGGAAGAAAAGCCUGGACAAGUGCAUGGCAUGGGUUUGCUUCCAGUGCCUAACCAAGUUUAUGGUCGGUUACCACGCUAUCUCAAGAACAUCAAUAUGACUACAACAAAUGGGUCAUCACAUGCCGGGGAGAGUGAUGUUAUGGAGGAAAUAGCAAAGCUCAAGCAGCGUGUAGAAGAGCAGGACCAACGCAUAGAAGAGCAGGACCAAAUUAUUGAAGGAUUUAGAAACCAGGAUGAAGCCAAUUUCCGCCAAGGCAAUGAUGAAUCUCAGCUGGAAGUACCACAAAAUAGAAGAAAGAGAGUUCAUGCUAGUGGACCUGAGCAAGUACGCUUGGUGAGUAGACCAAAAGAUACAAUAAAGCAUCAUCCUAACUGCGAGGGUAGCAAUGAAUUCUCAUAUCAAGGACAAUCAUCACCAACACCUCCUUUUCGUGAAGAACACGAGAUGAGAAAGAGCGGUGAGAAUCUGGAUGAAAAUUCGAGAAGAGUGCACAAACAAAUGACUCAAAAGAAGACUCCAAGCCAUAUGUCCUCAAAGAAGAGAUGUCGUCCUUCGGAAGAGAUUCGUAAUGCAGUAAUUUUGAAAUCUUCAAUAUACCCAAAUAAAAGGCGCGUGGCAUAUGCAACUAUUUUGGACAGUAAUUCAAAAACAUUGGUUGGUGGUGUUGAGCUGGGCCGACAAUUUACACAUGUGCAAAUUGAUGAACCUAUUGGCGAAGAUGAGCGCUUGGUAAGAGAAAGGGAGAAGUGUGUGACAAUCGGUGAUGCUUUUUCCUCCGGAGUAACAAUUGCCCGGCCUUCGAGCAUAUUGAGAAGUUCAGUGGUUGACUUGAGAGUUGAUAUUGAUGCUUUGUCUAGCGAUGGAGUGAAGAUGGAAAAUAUGUAG